CGUUGACCAAGGAACCAAGUACUAAAAUAAUCGUAACAUCAGUCGGAUUGUGUCAACGAGAAUGUUCAACAAAUGGAUAUUUCAGUUAUAAUAAAGAAGACAGUGCAUGUUCCUGCUUAAACAACAACGACGUACAAUUCACCAAUGCUACAAACCUUUCUUCGUGCCUACAAAAACCUACUAAAGCAGCAUUAGUAUAUCAGGUUUAUAAUGGUACAACAAUAACAUCUGGAACCAAUAAUGGACUUUGUACGACAUUGACAUGCACUCCUCCCAAUGUUGUACAUGUAAAAGCAACCAGCUGUAAAGGCGAUAACUCGAUUAAAGGUUUAUGUGAAGAUGGAAUGCAGUCAACUUCGAAAUUCUGGGGUCUCCAACAGACUAACACUUUUGAAAACUGUUGGACUAAGGACAAGCUAUUAUUGCAUUCUAAUGCCUGUCAACAAUUUGCACAAAAUCUAACCUCACCUGCUUGGACAAAUGUUUUCAGAGAAGAAAUAGAAGUGGAACGAACAUUAGUUGACACGACAUCUGUACCUAAAUUUUGCCAAUCUGCAAACAUUUCUGAUAAUAAAGGGGAAAAGAUGUUAAAUAUACAUUGGCAGAAUUGCUCUAUAAAACUAGAAUGGUUUGUUUGCAAAAAUGAUACCUCUACAGUUGAAAACACAUACCACAUGGAAGUAGCAACAGAUGCAAAUUACGGGGCCAUUGUAGGUGGAUCUGUCGGAGCUGUCAUUGUUUUACUGAUAGGUGUUACUGUUAUUCUGUGCAAAGUGAGGUAA